AUGGGCGUGACAGAGAACAAGACCGUCCUCCUGCCAUCUGGCGUCAAGAUUUUCUAUCGAGAGCAAAGCCAAGUACGGAAUUCUCCAGUAAUCCUACUACUCCAUGGCUUCCCAUCAUCUUCGCACCAAUACCGCAAUUUGAUCCCUCUUCUCGGGGCCAAGUAUCGCGUGAUAGCUCCAGAUCUUCCAGGAUUCGGAUUCACCGAAACUCCAUCAACCUUCAGUUACACCUUUGACAACCUGGCAACUACCAUGGCCGAGUUUCUUGACAAGCUGUCCAUUACCAAAUUCUCCAUGUACAUCUUCGACUACGGCGCACCGACCGGUUUGAGACUCGCUCUCCAGCGACCAGACUCAGUCCAAGCCAUCAUCUCACAAAACGGAAACGCCUAUGUCGAGGGCUUCGGCGAUGUCUGGGGUCCUAUCCAAGACCUCUGGGCUAGCAACAACGCCCCCGAACACCGCGCCAAGGUUGGGCAGGCGAUGCUUACUAUGGAGAUGACCAAGUUUCAGUACGAGAACGGCUCUCCGGAUAUCAGCCGUAUUGCACCAGAGUCGUAUUAUCUUGACUACUCUUUGAUGGAGCGUCCAGGAAAUAAGGACAUCCAGUUGGACUUGUUCAUGGAUUACCGGAACAAUGUGCCACUUUAUGAAGAUUUCCAAGCCUACUUCCGAAAAUCGAGCGUCCCUCUUCUUGCUAUUUGGGGCAAAAAUGAUGUGUUUUUUAUUCCGCCGGGGGCCGAAGCGUUCAAAAGAGACCUGCCACAUGCCGAUAUCAAAUUGAUUGAUGCGGGGCACUUUGCGGUCGAGACGGAUUAUGAGUACAUUGCGAAGGAGAUCUUGAUCUUCUUGGACAAAAAUUCUCUGUGA